AUGGCCGUGGAACUUUCAGAAAAUAUUAGCAUUCCAUCCAGAGUUUGUCGAGUUUUCCUAGAGUUUUAUGUUGAGAUUUCUGUUGAAGUUAGCGAGCUUCAAAUGACCUAUGAGAGAUCCAUAGAGAAUACAGAGAGCAUGAAUUCAGUUACGAAGAAUGAAGAGUCCCUCCCCCUUUGA